AUGUUGUUGUCACGCCUAUCUCUCGGCUUGGGGCUGCUUAUUGCAUUACCUGCUGCACCGCAUGCAGCAGCAAUUGAUUUUUUAGAGUCGCUUGCAGAUAUAACUCUUGGGGCAGAGUUAAUGGAUGAGGUAGGUGAGUCCUUUGCUGCAGCAGCAGCAGAGUUUCCUUCACCUUUAGCCUUGAAAGAUGCAUUCUUAGCGCUGCUAGGAGUAGAUCUAUUAGAGAAGCUGCAGCUAUUUGCGCAGCAGCAGGUCCCUCAGGAAGCGCAGCAGCAGCAGCAGCUGCUGCCACCGUUCGAGCAGCUGCAGCUGCUGCAGAAGCUCGGACUGCUGCAGCAGCAAGAUGAUAUAAUUAAUGCCUUCUUCCUGUCUCCUUUCGGUGUCUCCUUGCAAGAAUUCGCAACCCUUCCAAGUGUAGCGACAGCUCUUUUAGAGCCCGCUACCGUAACUCGCAGCAGCAGCAGCAGCAGCAGCAACAGCAGCAGCAGCAGCAACAGAAGCAGCACCCCCAGCCUGAGAGGCGUUCUAAGUGCUGCUGAGUUGGAGGCUUUAGCUGAAGCUGUUGCUGAGGGUGUUGCUAACAGCACUUCGUACGGCAUGAGGACAUUAAACCCUCUUGCUGCUGCUGCUGCUGCUGCUGCUGCUGCAGCAAAGAAGAGCGGUAUCGACACCUCUACUCCUGCAGCAGCAGCAGCUGCAGUGGCGCAGCUUGUUGACCCUCUUAACCUGCUGCAGCUUCAGCAGCAACUUAAUGCACAUCAGCAGCAAAAGUCUCUGUCUAAGCAGGAAGGAGAGACAGAAGAACAGCAGCAGCAGCGGGAGGACGGGCCUGCAUCUGCUGCGGAAGGUGAUGCCUCUUCAUCUCAGCAGCAGCAGCAGGAGCAGCAGCAGCAGGAGGAGGAGCAGCAGCAAACCUCACCUCGUGUUUCUUCUUCAUCAACUUCUACAGCAGCAGGACCAGCAGGAGAAGAUGCCGAAUCUGCAGCAGCAGCAGCAGCAGCAGCAGAUUCUGCUGCUUCUCCUCAAAGGUUUAGCCGCACAAUGCCUCUAGGACCCCUUCAAGGUGCAGCAGAUCAGCUAUAUUUUAUUCAUUGGGCAUUGAAUAACCCUCUAGCUUUAUUAGAGUUUAAGUCUGUGGUGUAUAGGCAGUGCUUAGCUAUUUUUAAAGACGAAGAAUUCUGUGCAGCUAGAGUAGGCGUAGACGAUGCUACUGUCUCUACUGGCGGUGUUAAUAAUCCCUGGAGACCCAGCACUUCUCUCUAA